AUGAAGGUGUGGAUUAUCAAUCAAUCGGCACGAACACCAUCGUAUCUCCGAGCUCAGUCAUACCUCCAGUACCGCCGCAUCGGCCAGGCCGUUCGUAAACAGCUAUCCGAGCAUCCAGAAUGGACACUCAACGCACAGCAACGAAGAGAUGACCUCACUACAUCGAUCCAGAACAAUGGAGUAGCUGAUGACAAACCAUCAAGCUUGCGACCACUUUCCCUCCCACCAGGCGUCAAGCAAAAGGAGAUCAUCGACGCCAAUGGGGUCUCAAGGACCGUCCUUGUCGUGGGCUGGGAGAGCCAUCAGGACCCCACAAACCCGCACAAUUAUAGCCUGGCGACCCGUAUUACCGCUACGUUGAUAGUAUCAGCACUAGGAUUUGCCGUUGGUGCGGCGUCGUCGAUAGAGUCAGCCGUCCUGCCUCAGAACAGCGCAGCACUUGGUGUCAGUGAAGUGGUUGCUUCGCUAGCAACUGGAAUAUACCUUCUCGGUUUCGCUGCGGGCUCUCUGGUGUCUGGGCCUUUGUCAGAAAUCGUGGGCCGCAAUGCUGUCUAUCUCGCCUCGCUUACUCUUUUCAUGAUCUUCAUCAUGGCAAGUGGCCUUGCUCCUAACAUCGGCGCGCAACUGGCCUUCCGUUUUCUUGCCGGUGUCUUUGGCUGUCCACCUCUUACCUGCGCCGGUGGCACAAUUGCUGACUUAUGGAACCCGCUGGAGAAAACCCUCACAUUUCCUUUAUAUGCUAUUACUUCUUUCGGCGGCCCUGUUUUGGGGCCACUUAUAGCCUCCUAUAUGGGCCAGGGCACGCUUUCUUGGCGAUGGACGAAUUGGAUCAUGCUGAUCAUGUCUGGCCUCGUUAUGGCGCUGAUCGUCCUGUUGCAACCAGAGACCUACGGGCCUCUCUUGCUGAAAUGGAAAGCUAAGCACUACCGCAAACUUACCGGCGACAAUCGCUACCGAUCUGAGAUGGAUAUGCAAAAGAUUGCGCUCUUUUCGCGCAUUACCAAUGCCUGUAUACGCCAGUUUACGCUUACCGUCCACGAACCCAUCAUUCUGUUCAUCGCGCUCUACAUGACUGUGAUAUACAUCGUGUUGUUUACAUUCUUUGACGGUUACCCGUUCAUCUUCGAAGAGGUCUACGGGGUAAGUCAGGGGAUUACGAAUGUCAUUUGGAUUGCGAUGUAUGUAGGUAUUGCACUGGCCUCGUUAUGGGUGCCUGUUGUCUAUUCGUGGACCAAGAAGGAGUUUGCUGCCGUCAGUACCUGUCCCAUGACGGAAGGCUCUUUGGAAGGCAAUGCGACUGAGACUGAGGGUUCAAGCUCCGACGACGAAAGCAGCAGGAAAUCUCACCCCACCCGACCUGAAAAUAGACUUUGGUUUGCAAUGCUUGGUGCUCCAUUGAUUCCAAUUGGUUUAUUCUGGAUGGGUUGGACUGACUAUAAAUCAAUCUCAAUCUGGUCCCCCAUUAUCGCCUCGGCCAUCUUCGGCUUCGGAACUAUCACCGUCUUCAUAUCGAGCUACAUGUAUGUCAUCGACUCAUACGACACGUAUGCUGCAUCUGCACUGGGGUUUAUGACGGUCUCACGGUACUGCGCAGCCGGGGGAAUGACUGUUGCCGGGAUUCCGUUCUACUCGAACAUGGGCGUUCAUUACACGUUGACGAUUCUGGCAUGCAUCAGUGUGGCAAUGACACCGCUUCCGUAUGUGUUUUGGAAGUUUGGGCAUAUUAUCAGGGGGUGGUCUAAGUUUGCUGUUAAUGCCUAG